AUGGUACUUAGCAACUUGGCCAUGGUUUGUCUUAGAUUUGAAAGAACCAGAGAUUCACGCCUACAUUUAAUUUUGGUAGUGUUACUGUAUUGCAUUACCUCGGAGAGUAGUACGAGUUUUGCAGAGCUUCAGAGAUUCGAACAUUCACUGAAAGAUGAUGGCUCAGUUAGAUUUCUGGUUGUCGGAGAUUGGGGCAGACGAGGUUUCUAUAACCAAUCCAAAGUUGCUUUGCAGAUGGGAAGGAUUGGAGAAAAGUUAGAUAUAGAUUUUGUGAUAUCAACUGGAGAUAAUUUCUAUGGGGAUGGGUUAAAGAGUACAAAGGAUCCUGCAUUUUUGGAUUCCUUUAAAAACAUUUACACAGCUAAGAGCCUGCAAAAACAGUGGUAUAGUGUUUUAGGAAAUCAUGACUAUAGGGGUAAUACAGAAGCACAAUUGAGCCCCGCCCUCCGAAAGAUUGAUAGUCGAUGGCUUUGCCUGAGAUCAUUUAUUGUUAAUGCUGCAGAUAUCGCUGAGUUUUUCUUCGUGGACACUACUCCUUUUGUGAUCAAAUACUUAGUUGAGAAAAACCAUCAAUACGAUUGGGGCGCAGUGUCUCCCCGUGGGACUUACAUUACUACUCUUCUAAAGGAUUUAGAUACGGCAUUGAGGAAGUCGAGUGCCAAGUGGAAGAUAGUGAUUGGUCACCACGCAAUCAGAAGUGCUGGACAUCACGGCGACACACAAGAGCUGGUGAGGCACCUCUUGCCGAUGCUCAAGGCUCACAAUGUAGAUAUGUACGUGAAUGGACACGACCACUGCCUGCAGCACAUUAGCAGCCUCAACAGUCCGAUCCAGUAUUUGACAAGCGGAGCGGGUUCGAAAGCAUGGAGGGGCGAUAUGAAGGAAUACAAUAGUAUGGCCUUGAAGUUCUUCCAUGAUGGUCAAGGUUUCAUGUCUGUGAACUUAACCCGGUCGGAUGCUGUUAUCGUGUUUUAUGAUGUUCUAGGCAGGGCUUUGCAUACAUGGAAGCUCAAUAAGCAGCUUCACUCUUCUUUCUAAUUAGAAACAAUGUACAUGCCUAGCUGGACCUUUUUAACUAAUGCAUGUGUACAGAUUUU